AUGUCAAGACAACUGGGCAAAAUGCGUGGGCUGGAUGAAAGUACGGACCUCCUUCUUCGUGUUGGACAGACAGCAGGCGAGCAGGUCAAGCAUGGCUGGGAGGCGUUUUUGAAUUUUGCGGCUCGUGAUAAUGUCCUUGAGGUUGCUUUGGGUCUGAUCAUUGCUAAUUCCUUCACGAAAGUCGUUACUUCGUUCGUCUCCGAUAUCGUAUUACCGGUCGUUUCACUGCUUCCGUUCUUAAAUCGAAAUAUGGAUCAGAAAUUUGCCGUUCUGUCGCAAGGCCCGAAUUAUGAUUCGGAAAAGGGGUACAAUACGGUGAAACAGGCUAGGGACGAUGGGGCGCUCGUUUUGGCUUGGGGGGGAUUUAUCGAGAAUAUCUUGAGUUUCAUAGGCGUUAGUUUGACUUUGUUUGCGGUCGCGCAUUUAUACAUGCUCGUCUCUCAUAACAAAAUCAUCAAGCCUACUGCCUCGCGUUGUCUAAACUGCUCAAGCUGGCAAGAUGGCAGAGAAGACUUGUGUAAAGACGAUGAGGUCGAUGAAGAUGAAUACCGACUUUGA